CUUAAAAGAAAGAAACGGAGAAACCGAGAAGAGACAGAAACCCUUUGUCGCAGAUUAGAUGGGUUGCGUUUCUUCGAAACUGUUCAGUAAGGAUUUCAACCAGGAAGAAGGAACUGUUGUUGGCAAUGGCGAUUACUCGAAUCACAUCGUCUCUCUCACUUCAAGCACAUACGGAGUUCUCAGUCUCGACCAAGAAUCCGUCAAGGAAACCGUUAAAGAGACGAUGAUAUCUCCUCCUCAUCAUGUGGUGUCCCCCAAACUUCAGAGAAAGGUCAUAGAAGAUCCAGAGAUCAUAAACACUUGGAAAUUGAUGGAAGAUCUUGAAGACGAAAUCCCCAUUUCGGUACAGACCAAGAAAAGCCCCACAUCACGAGUUGCAGGUGCGGAUGCAAGGAAUCCUUCGAAAUUCUUCAACGAGAUCAACUCUCCAAAGAAGCAGAAAAAAUACUCAGGGAAGGAGAACAAGAAUCGACAGAGCGGUUAUGAUGGUUCGGUUGGAGGAACAGAGCACAAUCCCAAACAGGUACUCAAACCUAUUUCUUCUUUAGAGAAUGUGCAGAAGGCUACGUCCACUUUAAAGACACCCACGAAGGUCACUCCAGUAGAUCUCAAUUCGAGCAGUUUCAGAUUCCACCCCGUAAUUUCAAAUCCAAGAAAGAGUUUAAGUCCCCUGUUUGAUCCAGAGCUCCUUGCAUCUUUCGAGAGAGAACUCAACGAAGAGGGAGAACAGAUUAAAAAGAUGGUCUUUCCGGAACCUAGAAUUCAGAAAACCCCCGAUUCAGAGUCUAUGCUUGAAGCGUUCGAGAAGAAAUGCCCUCCUGGCGGCGAAAAUGCGGUUGUCAUCUACACUACCACCUUGAGAGGAAUCAGAAAAACUUUCGAAGACUGCAACAACGUUCGAUCUGUCAUAGAAUGCCAUAACGUUCACAUGAUUGAGCGUGACAUUUCUAUGGAUUCUGGAUUUAGGGAGGAAUUGAGGCGUUUGAUGGGGAAAAAGGAGGUUAGAGUACCUGUAGUGUUCGUGAAAGGAAGGUUGAUAGGAGGAGCAGAUGAGGUGGUGAAAAUGGAAGAAGAGGGGAAAUUGGGAAUGUUAUUUCGUGGGAUUCCAAGGGCCUUGGCUGGUUGUGAAGGGUGCGGCGGCCUAAGGUUUGUAAUGUGUGUGGAUUGCAGUGGAAGCUGUAAGGUCUUAGACCAGGACAGCAACAAAAUGGUUAAGUGUGGAGAGUGCAACGAAAAUGGUUUGAUCCAAUGCCCUAUCUGUUGUUGAACAAUACUGUGGUUCUAUCAUACCUGGGGCCACAGCAAAAAGAAAUUUGAAUGUUUUCUUUGUUUGGGAGGUAGUAUGGGUUUGGGUUUGGGUUUAAGGAAUUUUGAUUCUCUGUGCUCUUGCUCAUUGAGUGGGAAGGUCUUGUGUACUACAUUUCUUCUGCAAGGAUCUGAAACAGUGAUUUUUUUUUUUUUUUUGGGCAGAAAAACAGUGAUAAAUUUGAAGAGGGUCUCUGCGCCCUCCUUGUACGUUACUAGCUUGGGGGAAACAUGAAUAUCUUGAAUAUGAAAUCUUUCAUUUCUUACAAA